UCUGUGGAUGAGAAAUAAAUAACUCCAGGAUACUUGCCAAAAAAAAGUGAGGAGUCUAUGGACAAGGGCUAUGGUCAUAUGAACACGAGCUUAAAUGCGAAAAGUAAUCGAAAUUAUCGAAGAAGUGAACUUGGACAAGGAAAUGCUGCCUUAAAUACCCACGAGCUCCAUUGCAUUUCGGCGUGAUUUGCCACUCGUUUACGUUAUCUGAAAGCAUUUUGCGAAGGUUUUUCCAUUUGGGGUUUUUGAUUUUGGUGAUUGAAGUUCUUUUUUGAAUUCUUUUUGAGGAACAAAUGGAGGGCGUUGAUCAUCUUGCGCAUGAGAGGAACAGCGCGCAAUUUGAUGUCGAUGAGAUGAAGAUCGUUUGGGCGGGUUCUCGUCAUGCAUAUGAAGUGUCUGAUAGAAUGUCUCGCCUGGUUGCUAAUGAUCCAGCGUUUCGAAAGGACAGUAGGGCUCAAUUGACAAGGAAGGAGCUGUUUAAGAACACUCUUAGAAAAGCAACUUAUGCAUGGAAGAGGAUUCUUGAGCUUAAACUUUCUGAGGAGGAAGCUGGUAGAUUAAGGUUCUUUGUGGAUGAGCCAGCAUUUACAGAUCUUCAUUGGGGAAUGUUCGUUCCAUUUCUAAAAGGGCAAGGAACUGAGGAGCAGCUACAAAAGUGGUUGCCAUUGGCAAAUAAGUUGCAAAUAAUUGGCUGCUAUGCUCAAACUGAACUCGGUCAUGGUUCAAAUGUUCAAGGGCUUGAAACAACUGCAACAUUUGAUCCAAAGACAGAUGAAUUUGUUAUACAUAGUCCUACGCUUACAUCGAGCAAAUGGUGGCCUGGUGGUUUGGGUAAGGUUUCAACACAUGCAGUUGUAUUUGCUCGUCUUAUCACCGACGGUCGGGACUAUGGAGUGCAUGGUUUCAUGGUCCAGAUAAGGAGUUUGGAUGAUCACUCAGUUCUACCAGGCAUAACCAUUGGAGAUAUUGGUAUGAAAUUUGGAAAUGGAGCUUACAAUACUAUGGAUAACGGGGUCAUGCACUUUGAUCAUUUCCGCAUACCGAGAGACCAACUUUUGACGAGGAUUUCUCAAGUUACAAGAGAAGGGAAAUGCGUGCAAUCAGAUGCUCCGCGACAACUAGUUUACGGCACUAUGGUAUUCGUUAGAAAAGCAAUUGUAAUUGAUGCUUCAAAUGCCUUAUCACGUGCAGUCUGCAUCGCUACUAGGUACAGCGCUGUUCGUAGACAAUUCGGAUCACAGGAUGGCGUGGAAACCCAGGUGAUCAAUUAUAAAACGCAACAGAGUAGGCUAUUCCCUUUGCUGGCUUCUGCCUAUGCUUUCAGAUUUGUUGGUGAAUGGUUACAAUGGCUAUAUACGGAUGUGACUCAGAGACUGGCAGCUAGCGAUUUCUCAACGCUACCUGAGGCUCAUGCAUGCACUGCCGGGUUGAAGUCGAUCACAACGGCUGCAACCGCUGAUGGGAUCGAGGAGUGUCGGAAGUUAUGCGGUGGCCAUGGUUACCUGUGUAGCAGCGGGCUUCCCGAGUUGUUUGCAGUUUAUGUCCCUGCCUGUACUUAUGAAGGAGACAAUGUUGUGCUACUCUUACAGGUUGCACGAUUUCUCGUAAAGACUGUGUCCCAGGUGGCGUCUGGUAAGAAGCCCGUCGGUACAACAGCUUACAUGGGACGAUUACAACAUCUUAUGGAAUCCUCUUGCAAAGUUCAGAAAGCUGAGGACUGGUUAAACCCGAGCGUCGUUCUUGAGGUUUUCGAAGCACGGUCGGCUAGGAUGUCCGUUGAAUGUGCCAAAAGACUUAGCGAGUUUACCAAUCAAGAAGAAGGUUUUCAGGAACUUUCUCCUAGUUUAGUUGAGGCUGCAGCUGCGUAUUGCCAACUAAUUAUUGUUUCCAAAUACAUUGAGAAACUUCAGGGAGACAUACCUGGAAAGGGAAUAAAAGAGCAACUGCAGAUUCUUUGCAGUGUUUAUGCUUUGUAUACACUUCACAAACACAAGGGUGAUUUUCUUUCCACUUCCACCAUCACUCCCAAACAGGCUUCACUUGCUGAUGAUCAACUCAGAUCUCUAUAUUCCCAGGUUCGGCCAAAUGCAAUUGCUCUAGUCGAUGCGUUUAACUACACCGACCAUUACCUCGGUUCUAUUCUCGGCCGUUACGAUGGGAAUGUUUACCCAAACCUGUACGAUGAGGCGUGGAAGGAUCCUUUGAACGACUCCGCUAUACCUGAUGGCUACCAUGAAUAUAUCAAGCCAUUGCUUAAGCAGCAGCUCAGAAAUGCAAGGCUAUGAAGAACAUGACAGUGUAACAAAAUGUUGUGUUCUUGAUAAUUUGUAAUAAAUCCAUGGAUUCGGCUUGUAAUUCCAUGGUCUUGUAUGAAUUCACAUUAAUUUAGAUCCAAUUACUGCUAUUAAAUUGAA